CUUUAACUUUGACAGCCAUGAGCACUGUCAACGAUCAUGACUGAGAGAUUUCUGAAGAUGAGGAUUAUUUUCUGCAUUAUUUUCAGUCUGUUUCACGGUACAUCCUCAAAAACCAUCAAUGUUGCCACUAAUGGAAAAGUCACAUUACAGCCCCUGGUUGAAGGAGAGAUUGAAAGCAUUUUGUGGAGGCACAAUGGCAACAAGAUGGUGGAGUGGGACAACAAGACUGUAAACGUCAGGGAAUAUUUUAAAUUCAAGGGGCGGACUAAGUUGGACGUAAAAACUGGGGAUGUAACCAUUAUACAUCUGGCCAAAGACGACAGUGGAUUGUAUGAUACAGUGUUGAUAAUUCAAGGAAAGUUAAUCAGCAUAAGGCACAGAGUUGAAGUAAUUGACCCUGCCACUUCAGCAAAGGUCACCUGCCCAAACAAUGCAACAUUACACUGUGAGGCAGAGGGUGACUCUCUGGACUACAGCUGGUCUGGGCCUGGACUGCAGACUGCAGAGAUGAGGGGUCAGACUGGACCACAGAUCAGUAAGGAGAACCAGGACUCAGUCUACACAUGUGUGGUGAACAACACAGUUAGUGACAGCAGUGUGACCUACCAUGCCAGUGACUGCUUUACCUCAGGAUAUCAUCAGCUCAUCCUAGGUGUAGUGUGUGCUGUUGCUGUUAUUGGAGUCAUUGGUGCUGCUGCUGGGUUGGGCUAUUACUGCUACAAGAAGAAAUCAAGAGGGCAGAAACACACUGGAAAUGAGAACAAAAGUGAGACAUCUGGAAAGAUUAUAACCAACCAAAAGAAGGAAGAGACUGUAGUAUUGCUCCCUGGAAAACAUCAAGCUUCAUUCUUGAACCCAGUUGAUGGUGAACCUACAGGUGGUGAUCAAGACAAGGUAAAUCGUAUAACAGUCAGUCAAGUUUCUCCCACAGAAGCAACAUAUACCUGUGACGGGUUUUCAGUCCCCGAGGCGGCCACCACACAGCGGUCCAACAUUCAGAUGCCUCGUGACAACAAGGCGUUCCUUUUGAGGCAAAAAAAAAACAAAGAAGACCAAGAGAAAGCCACUUCCACUUUCAAAUGAGAAAGGAACAAACACAUGGACAGUGAAACAGAACCAGAGAACCAUCAACAAAUCCCCCUCAGUCUUGAUGUAGUGAUGUUCAGGUGACAUGCAUAUGGAGGGGACGUGUGGAAAUGAGAAAGGAACAAACACAGUAACAGAAGAACAUAACCGAACCACCGACCCAUCACUCUCUGGAUCAGCAGGAUGCAUCAGGAAUGAUGACAUCAUCAACACAUUACCACAUGGAGGGUAGGAAGAGGGAAUGCAGGUUGACGAUAGUGGUACACACUUCAAAAGAUAAUGAAGUUCAAAAGAAGGUUUAUAGACAAUAGUUAUCCAGACUUCAACAGAUAAUCAAGAUACAAAAUUUCCUGAAGAACCAAACACAUAUGCUAAGUCUUCCAACACUACUGGUGACAAACAUACAAGUGAGGCUUAAGUUGAAAUAUCAAUGACUGAAGGUAAAAGUAAUUCAGCAUCUGUGAAGUGCUCAAAUACUGACACUCAGGCACGUGCACAGACAUUUUGGGGCGCAGGUGCUCAAACCAAAAAAAAGGGCACCCAUCGCCAAAAUUAUUAAUGAAAUUAAAAAUAAUAAUAAUAAAUAAAAUAAUAAAAAACAC